ACACUUCGCUGCCCAGGGCGUUCGUCUCGGUCCGCUCGCGCCGCCUGCCUGCGCCCGUGUCGUGCGUCGCCUGUCUCCUGUCUCUUCUGCGAUGCGUCUUCUGACGCUGGUGGUGCUCGCCUGCGCGGUGACGGCCGGCGCGGCGGCGGACCGCACGCGUCGCCAGGCCUCCUGCCGGGACUAUGCCCGCAGGAGCGGCACGUGCGGCGCCAUCCAGCAGUGUCCGGCCCUGUUCAGCCUCAUCUCGAACGGACGUCGACCGUCGUCCCAAGAGGUCCAAAAUAUACGCAGAAGCCGCUGCAGAGUCGGCCCGGGACCCUUUAUGGUCUGCUGCGCCCGGACGUCAGCGCCUCCGAGGGACUCUGGCGGGUUCACCUCGCGCCCGACCAUCUCCGCCGGCUACAAUGGCGCGCCGGAGCAGCAUCCCAACCGCGCUAUCCUGGACGCCGGCCAAGCCUGCGGCCUCAAUAUUGCCAACCGGAUCGUCGGCGGUACGGAAGUUCCCAUCGGCAAGUACCCCUGGGUGGCACUGCUGGGCUACACGUCACCUCGCACCCCGCAGACGCAGUACCUGUGUGGCGGCUCCCUGAUCAGCCGGCAGCACGUGCUGACGGCAGCCCACUGCGUCGCCGGCGUCGCACCGCUUCAGCUGACAACGGUCCGACUCGGCGAGCACGAGAUCGGCCGCGCCACAGACUGCCAGGAGCAGCCGGGUGACGCACCCAUCUGCAACUCGCCGGAGGACUUCCGGGUCAGCACGAUCAUGGUCCACAGCGGCUUCAACCUGCGCGUGCCGCAGCGGCAGCGGUCAAACGACAUCGCGCUGCUAAAGCUGGACCGGCCCGUCACGGAGGGCUUUUUCAUCUCGAAGGUCUGCUUGCCGUUCGGCGACAUCGGCCGGCGGAACCUCGCCGGGGUCUCCAUGAUGGCGGCCGGCUUCGGUCGCACCGGGCCCCAGGACACCGCGCCGAGCAGCUCUGUGCUGCUGGAGGUGACGCUGCCUGGGGUUGAUCAGCAGUCGUGCGCCGCCACCAUCCGCAACCUGCAGGGGAACCUGGGGCCGCAGCAGCUGUGCGCCGGCGGCCAGCAGGGCCGCGACUCGUGCGGCGGCGACUCGGGCGGUCCCCUGAUGCUCGCUGACCGUUUCUCCCGCGGACCGCCGUACAGCCUGGUCGGCAUCAUCUCGUUCGGCAACAGGUUCUGCGGCAACGGGGGCGUGCCCAGCGUCAACACGCGCGUCUCCGAGUACCUGAACUGGAUCCUGGAUCGGCUUGAUGACUGAUGGGACGCCCAAAUGCUGCGCCAGGCGAGACCCGGGACAAUUCUGGGAGACUUGUUGCCAUUCUAAUGCGAACUGGAAUGUUACGUGGAUGCUAGUACGCAACUGUAUACAUUCCGCGGUAGAAUUCGAAGCGGUGGCCACCGGUAGUACACCUUUGGGCAUGUAUUUCUGAAUAUUUGCGCUUAACGAUUGCUCAGUGGCGAUUUCUUACACCGCGGAUUUGGCUUCUCGGCAGUUAGCUGCUAGCGACAGUCGCCUGUACAGCGCAUUGUGUUGUAAAAUACGUCUCGAUGGCACCAUUUCUGUCCUUGCGGCAAGGUACGCCGAGUCACAUAUUUGUAUUCUUAAUAAAACAUGACGACCUAGGACGCUGCUGACCUGCUGUUGUUUCUAGCAAUAGUAUAACGGUGGUUUAACGCUCCAGUGUAGAGUUACCAAUGCUGCGUUGUCUCGGCGAAUAAAGCACUUAAUGUUGCAA